AGCUUAGCCUUUGGUCGAGGCAAAGCUAGGAAACCAGACUUGAGUAGGAGACAACAUAUUUGUCUAUAUAUAUAUACACACACACACACAUAGAUCCAAAGCUGAACUAAUUGAAAACCAAGUCGACAUAAACCAGUUAACUAAAUUUCAAGUCUGAAGGAAAAAAAUAUCUCUGUUUUCAAAGCAGCUUAAAGUUUGAUGCUUUGGUAAAUUAUGGACACCGGAGGCAAUUCCCUAGCCUCAGGUCCUGAUGGAGUCAAAAGGAAAGUUUGCUACUUUUACGACCCGGAAGUGGGGAAUUAUUAUUACGGACAGGGCCAUCCCAUGAAACCCCAUCGUAUUAGAAUGACUCAUGCGCUUCUUGCGCAUUACGGUAUGCUUCAGCAUAUGCAGGUUCAUAAGCCUUUUCCUGCUCGCGAUAGGGAUCUUUGUCGCUUCCAUGCCGAUGACUAUGUUGCUUUCCUCCGUAGUAUUACACCUGAAACGCAGCAGGACCAAAUUCGCCAGCUCAAGCGCUUUAAUGUUGGUGAGGAUUGUCCGGUUUUUGAUGGCCUUUACUCCUUUUGUCAGACUUAUGCUGGUGGUUCUGUUGGUGGAGCUGUUAAGUUGAACCAUGGUCUUUGUGACAUUGCUAUCAAUUGGGCUGGGGGUCUCCAUCAUGCUAAGAAGUGUGAAGCUUCUGGCUUCUGCUAUGUUAAUGACAUUGUCCUUGCCAUCUUGGAACUUCUUAAACAGCACGAGCGUGUUCUUUAUGUGGACAUUGAUAUUCACCAUGGUGAUGGCGUAGAGGAGGCAUUUUACACUACUGAUAGGGUCAUGACUGUUUCAUUUCAUAAAUUUGGAGAUUAUUUUCCAGGUACAGGAGAUGUACGUGAUAUUGGUUAUGGGAAAGGGAAAUACUACUCCCUUAAUGUUCCACUCGAUGAUGGAAUUGAUGAUGAGAGUUAUCAUUUCCUAUUUAAGCCAAUAAUUGGAAAAGUAAUGGAAGUAUUUAAGCCUGGUGCUGUAGUUCUUCAAUGUGGUGCUGACUCAUUAUCUGGGGAUAGAUUAGGAUGUUUCAAUCUGUCAAUAAAGGGCCACGCUGAGUGUGUCAAAUUUAUGAGAUCUUUUAAUGUGCCGUUGUUGCUUCUGGGUGGUGGAGGUUAUACCAUUCGCAAUGUCGCUCGCUGCUGGUGCUAUGAGACAGGAGUUGCGCUCGGAAUGGAUGUUGACAAUAAGAUGCCACAGCAUGAGUAUUAUGAAUACUUUGGUCCUGAUUACACCCUCCAUGUUGCUCCUAGUAACAUGGAAAAUAAGAAUUCGCGUCCGUUACUUGAGGAAAUACGAUCUAAGCUUCUUGAUUAUCUUUCAAAGCUUCAGCAUGCACCCAGUGUCCAAUUUCUGGAUAGGCCUCCAAAUACUGAUAUUCCAGAGGCAGACGAAGAUCAGGAAGAUGGAGAUGAGAGAUGGGACCCCGAUUCUGAUAUGGAUGUUGAUGACGAGCGCAAGCCAUUACCAAGCAGAGUGAAGAGAGAAAUUUUUGAGGCUGAGCCAAAAGAUCUGGAAAUUCAAAAAGGAAUCGGUGAGCAUGCUCGAGCCUUCGAGACGACAGCAGCUGAGUCCAUUAGUGUAAAGACUUUAGAUAUUGGUUCUAUGCAAAUCGAUGAAGCAAGUGUGAAAGUUGAACAAGAACACUUGAACAAGACAUCCGAUCAAGUGUUUGCCAAGUCGUAAGCUGGAAUUGCAUGUUAAUAUCCGAUCAAGUGUUUGCCAAGUCGUAAGCUGGAAUUGCAUGUUAAUAAUUCUGCUAAUUUAUGUGUAUGUAGUCAUUGUUUUGCUGAUGAUGAAUUCAAUUCUUGAAGGUGUAACAAGCAAUGCAAGAGCUAGGAUGGUGUAGUCAUUAAAUAGUUUUGUUUCUAAAUGUGGUUUGUUUUGAAUAUUUUUUUAAGCUUGAAAUGAAGCUAAAAUUCUGAAUUCA